AAACAGUUUACCUUAAGACAUAAGUGGACAGCGCUUCAAGCCGAUUUCUUUAGCCACCUUCAAAACGAAGACGAAGAGUCUGGUGGACUAGGCGAGGAAGAAGAUUACAGUGAAAUGAACGAGACUGGUGGAAGUGGUACUAACAGCAGCAAGAGCUUGCCUGAAAAAGAGAAAGGUGAUGCGAAUGAAGCAUUUACCGGCAAAAAGGUUAAGAAGGAAGGAAAGCGUGAGAAGCCAGAGCCGUGCCCAGUACCAAAUUGUGACGACGAAGAGUUUGGUGAACUAGGCGAGGAAGAAGAUUACAGUGAUAUGGACGAGUCUUCUGAAACUGGUUCUGACGGCAACAAGAGCUGGCCUGAAAAAGAGGAAAGUGAUGCAAAUGAAGAAUGUAACGAAAAAAACGUUAAGAACGAAGGAAAGCGUGAGAAGAAGCCGUGCCCAGUACCAAAUUGUAACGCCAAUGUUGUUCACCUCCCAAAGCACCUCCGCAACGUCCACAAGUGGCAUGCAGAAUAUGCUAGAACGGCACUAUCAAGAUUCAAGCUCCGCAAGAAGUAUGAAUUUGCCAGUCAAGAAGCAGCUUCUGCUGGUAAUCGUAGCCGUAAAAAAAGUGAGGAAAAGAAAACCAAGCCGAAGCCCAAUCGAAAGAGAAAAAUAUGUCCUUUACCUGGGUGUAUGGUAAUUACAGAGAGAUUGCCUCAACACCUUCAAAGAACACAUAAACUAAAAAGAGAAGAUCCGAAGUAUAAAAAGUAUCUUUCCCUCGCAAAGGUUGUUUCUACGGACAAACCUCAUGUUUUUAUGCGUAUGAAAGAAGAAAUGGGGCGGAUGCAAAGGCUCACUCCAGAGUUCGUAGUGAGAGGUGAGGAGCUCGAAGAUACUUGCGACAAUUCAGAAGACGGUUUCCUCUCAAAUAUCCAAAGUUAUGACUGUGAUGAGAAACAAGACGUAUUUGACUUAUCGCCACCAGAAGACGAGUUGGCAGAGAUGACAGAGAACACAAAGAUGGCAAGCCCCGUAGCCAGAAACAACUCAGAGACUGAAACCAAAGUCCUGGACCAAUUUUGUAACUGGAUGUUGUCUCCUGAUGGGGAACAAAAGGACCGAAAAACCGCAACGCAGCAUGUCGCUCAAGUGAAAAGAAUUAUCUCAACAUUGGGUAAGGGACUUGAAUGUUUACUCGACAAGAAAGAGAUCAGAGAUGUUUUUCUACCCAAUGCAAAGGAAAAAUACCAUCCUGCUACUAUUAAGUCGUAUUUGACGAGUCUUCAACACUUCUGUUCCUUUUUAUUGGAAGACAACCCAAGUGACGUCAACUUUGAGAAAGAUAACAUCAUUAUCCUGCGUGACAAGCUAAAGAAAUGGUCAGCGUCGUACAAACGGGAUACCACAAAACGUAGAUGGGAGAGACAGGAGGAGGAUGUGAGUGCCUUGAUAACUCCAGAAACGGUGAAGGCAUUCGAGACGAGCCAGGCUACUCGAGAUGCCGUUGUUAUUCUAGGAAAACUGUCUGGAAAACACAAUAUGGAAAUUACACAGGCUAGGUACACACUUGUUAGAGACUACCUCAUAGCUCAGAUUAUGAUCGACAAUGCAAACAGGUCAGGGGUAGUUGCUUUUAUGACUGUGCAGGAAUUUCGGCGUGCUAAGAUGGAAGAUGACCGAUAUGUUGUGAAAGUUCUUGAGCAUAAAACAGUAGAUACUCACGGCCCCGCUCAAGUAGUCCUGACGGUGCAUUUAUACAAUUGCCUUGAUAUUUUUCUAAAGGAAAUGCGCUCCAAGCUUCCUAGUGCGCAAAUGGAAGGAAAGCAGCCAUUGUUCCUUUCAUGGGCGGGGAACAAAUUACAGUCAAGCCAGAUCACCUCUGCGAUUGGAUCUAUAUUUAAGAAAGCUGGAGUGGAGGGUCGAGUACACCAUACAUUGUAUCGCAAAAGCGCCGUUACGCGAUGUCACAAUAAGCACAAAGAAAUCAGUAGCAACUUGGCGGAUUUAAUGGCACAUCGUGAAUCAACUGCUGAGAAGUACUACAGGCACACUGAGAAGACGACUAUGAGAGGAUAUUCUCCUACAAAAGAAGAAAACGAAAAGGUUGAGAAAUGUCGUGAAGAUAUUCAAGAAGAGAGUGCACCCCUAUCUCGGUCUCCAUGGAAGGAGAAUUCACUCCAAGCUUUGCGAGAAAUAUUUGAAGAAGAAAUAUCUGCACAGGACAUUACUUUGGCCUGCGUACGAGAAAAAAUUGAGAGCCAUCCAGUGCUAGGCCAGGAAGACCCGAAGAGAGUGUACGAUAGGAUUCGUGCAGAAUGGCGUUAUAAAGCCAACAUUGAUUAUAACAGCAAUGAAGACGACGCAAAGUUGCCAGAAGAGAAGGAAGAUAUGCAAGAACGAGUAAAUAGAUUGUUUAGCCAAUCAGAGGAGGAACUUCCUGAGAGAAGGAGUCUUUCAUCAGACUUCGUUUCUGUGACCGAGUCUACUGUCCGCUCGAAGGGACUAUUUACCACUGGAGAUGCCACAGCUUUGGUGGAUAUAUUUCAGGAUAUGGUAGUCCAUGGAAAGCCAAUUUCGAAGCCUGUCAUCAUCAAGCGACUAUCAUCACAUGAGACAUUUAAAAGAUUACAUGUCGAUCAAGUUGUCAACAGGUUGAAAUAUGAACGGAAGCAAUGGAGGAAACUACACCCGUCUGAAUAA